CAGCAACACUCACGCACGUACACGCGCGCACACAAAGAGGUCGGAGAGCUGGACGCGAGCCGGAGCUCAAGCGGAGCGCUGCGGGGACUCGACCAGGCGCCUCGUCGGGACACACGCCGGGAGCGACAAGGAGCAACAACAAGUGGGUUAUAAAGCCAGGUGCAGAAGCUUGAUCCCAUGUUCCCUAAGGUUUUCCUGCAAUGGUGUGCGGCACUUUCGUCUUGUGCAGCCAAACUAGACCGGCGACGGCAGGGCAAAUUCCAGCCAUUCCGACGCUUGUUUGGGAAGAAGAGGAGGAGGGAAACAGAGCGAACUUUUGAGGAAGCAGAGCUCAAACCUAGCCAUUCCACUGGUGAUGUGUGCAAUGGAGGGGUUUCAGGUCAUGAAGAGAUCAAUCAGCAUUUGAGGGAGUUAAAUCCCCUGGGGUCUCGCGCUUUUUCACACGAGAGCGUCUUUAUCCCUGAGGAUUCUGUAGAGAAGCUGUGCUCGGAGCAGACCAUGUCUCAGGAGAACGUCUCGGACAAAGUUAGGAACCUACAAAGACAGAUAGCACACAAUAUAAAGUUUGGCCAGAAGCCCCCGUCACUACGGAAAAGUGAGGGAGAUGAAGGUAGCUCAGACGAAGAGGAAAUACCAAGAAGUCCGCUCCGAGUCCUGGCACAGGUGGAGACGGAACCACAGGAAGCCGAAGCCUGGGAAAAGGUUUCCUCUAUUACCCAUGAUGUGGCCCAACACAAGACUCCUGUAAAAUCCCCUCGCACCAAACGUCCACCUCCCCCUGGCACGAUUGAGUCAAUUAACCUGGAUGCUGUUCCACAGUCAGGUCCACGCUUAGACAACACUGCCGCCAAACAUAAACUAUCCGUAAAACCCAAAAACCAGCGAGUCUCUCGCAAGCACCGUAGGUUCACACAGGAGCUUCUAGAGGAAGAUCUUGUGGCAGUACUGCUGGAAGAGCCCGAUGUGCAGAAAGCUGUAGAUGAAUCAGGUGUCUGGGGAGAAGAGUAUGCAAGAAGUUAUGGAGCAAGAGAUGUCCAUGAGCUUCCAGAAAAAUCCAAGAAGCAGAGACUUCAGGAAGAGGAACAAGAACGCCUUGAUCUUCAGAGGAGGCAUGAGCAAGAGGAAGAGAGAAGGAGGGAGGAAGAGAGGAGAACUGAGGAACUGAGGCUGGAAGAAGAGAGAAUUCGCAAGUUACAAGAACAAGAACGCUUGCGACGGGAAGAAGAGGAGAGAAAACAGUGGGAGGAAGAAAGGAGAAGGAAGGAAGAAGAAGAAAGAAGAAGGAGGGAGGAGGAGCAACGUUUGAGAGAGGAGGAAGAGAAGAAGAGAUGUGAGGAAGAAGAAAGAAAGAAGAGAGAAGAAGAGGUGAGAAGGAGAGCAGAGGAAGAAAGAAGGCAGCAGGAACUUGAAGCAGAGCGCCUUCGCAUUGAGGAGGAAAAGAGAAAGAAAGAGGAAGAGGAGAGAAGGAGGAAGGAGGAGGAGGCAGAAAAACAAAGGCUUCAGGAGUUAGAAGAGCAGUGGCGUAGAGAAGAGGAAGAGUGUCUUCUUGAGGAACAAAGAAGGAGACAAGCAGAAGAGGCUGAAAAGAAAAGAUUGACAGAAGAACAGAAAAAGAAGGAAGAGGAGGAUAGAAAGAGACAGCAAGAGGAAGAGAGAGCUGCUGAAGAACAGGUCAGAGCUUCUGAUCCAGAGUGGAAGAGAAAAGCAGAGGAGCUGCGAUGGAGGGAGAUGGAAGAGAGGCAAAGACCCUUCACUUUCAAAGUAUCUUCAGGAGAGAAGCAAAUCCUCUUCCAAAAGGUCAACCUUACCCCAGUGACUCCGUUACCUGGUCAGCAAGGUGACACAGCUGAUGAAACCAAGGAAGGCACUCCAGGAGGUGCUGAUUCACCAACUUUAUCGUCAUCCCUGUAUGUUCCUCACACUGCCAUCUUAGUAACUGGUGCGCAGCUUUGUGGAACUGCAGUAAAUCUCGAUCAGAUAAAGGAUUCGGCCUGUAAGUCUCUCCUUGGUCUGUCUGAGGACAAAAAAGCCAUGGGCACUCCACCAAUGAAGACCAAGACAUCACCUGAUCGCAAAUCUGGGAAAACAAAGUCAUUGAAUGAAUCUUCGUUGUCUGCAGAUCAGUCCAGUGCUGCUGUUCUUGCAGAAUGGGCCAGUAUUCGAUCCAAGAUUUUCAAAGGUGCUGAAGACGGAAAAUACCAGGAAUACCCAGAUCAGAACCGCAAGCAGGUGCAAAGUCGAACAACAAGUGAGGACCUGAAUCAACCCCCUUUCUCUCAUGCCAAUCUCAGGAAGACUAUGUCAGCAAGCGCCAAAUUUUCCAUCACUCCAGCCAGAAAGAAGUUUGCUGACUCCAACAGGAAUUCUGAGGUCUUCAUUCAAGAUGACCAAGAAAUAGAGAAGGCUGAAUCACAUUAUAAUGAUUCAACACCCAGCCAGCCUCUCCACUCACCUUCCUCUGCUGCCAAGGCUCAAAUCAAGGGAGGAAAGGCAGUCCGCAUCUCAGACAGUGCUGAAGAAUGCAAGUUUGCCAAAGACCUCCCUUCCUUCUUGGUUCCAAGUCCACCACAUGGUUCCCCCAAAUCCCUGAGAUCUGAAACCAUGUCCACCAACCAAUUAAAGGCUGGGGUCACGGACACAAGUGACGAUGGAGAUCAGAGAGACCAAAGUGGCGACGAUAGGCCCUCACCAUUUGGGAUCAAGCUUAGAAGGACCAAUUACUCGCUUCGCUUCCAUAGUGAGCAAUCCUCUGAGAAGAGGAAGAAAAGGUACAGUGCAGGUGAUAGUUUUGAAGGGGUCCCAGUGCCCCUUACUUCCACUGACCAAGAAUCAGACUCCUCUGCAUUCUCUGAGAAGACCAGUCCUAAGUCUCCACUCCGCGAAACUGAUGGAAUCAAACUUCAGGCAAUCUCCAGUGUAGAGUCACGGUCCAAGACCAGCAGAAAUACUUUGAACUCCAUAUGUAAUGAACGUGACAAGCUAGUCAAGCCCCCACUUUAUCAGAAACCUGCCACAAGUCCAAGAUCAUCCGAAGGUGCCACACCUCCACCAUCUCCACUACCUAAACCUGGGAGAAGGACUUCUGGGGAUACGCCUUCUCAGAGGACAGAAGGGCCAGAAUUGGCAGCUGCUGAAGAGUCCAGUGAUCAUAAAGAGGACUCCUCUGAAUCUGUGCAGAGCCAGAGAAAUGGUCAGGGGGACGAUGAGCCAAAAGAGAAAAAGUCUUUCUUUCCUUCCAUCAGCAUCCCAUGGAGGGAAAAAACAGACCGGAAGACUGAACUCAUCAGAAGAGAAAAGCCUUCUCUUCAGAGCAGGCAUUCCCUGGACAGCUCACGAGCACAGGAGAAGGAGGCAGGACCGCUAUGGAUCACGCUGGCCUUGCAGAAACAGAAAGGUUUCAGAGAACAGCAACAGAGCAGGGAGGAAAGGCGGAACCAGAGAGAGGCUAAGCUGGCAGAGAAACAAGCCAGGGACAGAGAAAGUGUUGGACUAGUCAGUCCUACAGAGGGUAAAGGGAAUGGAAACUCCAGUCCUCCUAAACCACAGACUCCAGAGGAGAACAAGAGACCAGACACUUUACUGGCCCGCUUUGAACGUCGUGACUUAAAGAAAGCAAACACCCUUCCCAGCUCUGUCACAGUUGAGAUAGCAGACUCUACACCAUCACCUCCGGCAGCAAAGGACAUAACAAAGCGCUUCCCACCAGGUGACACACCACAGGUUUCCACUGAACCAGCUUGGCUUGCCCUCGCCAAGCGUAAAGCCAAAGCGUGGAGCGACUGCCCGCAGAUCAUCAAGUGACAUUUCCCCCCUGACUUCAAGAAAAGAGCAGUCAAGCUCCCAGUCCUCUUCAUCAUUCAAUAGGCAUCACAUCUCACCCAUGACCCUUCACAAAGGCAAAAAUCCAUUCACAAACCUUUACCUCAGCCAUUGUCAAUGCACAGAAUGGGUAGCAAGAUGCAUGCGUUUCCAGAAAAUGUACAUUUUUUUUAAUAGCAGGUGCAAUGGUCUACAGCCAUAGUGAUGCAACUUUGCCUGUAUUCAUAGUGUGGAUUCUAUCUGAUUCUGGAUCUAAGAGAUAGACAUCAUGAAAUAAGGAAUCUUCUUCCAAAGUCAUUCCUUGCCCUUGAUCUUCUUCAAACAUGAAACAUAUUUUGCACUCAGAUAUAUCUUUUAAAUCAAUCAAAAGCCCAGCAGACCGGUAGAUAGCAAAUCACUUGUGUGAACACACAGCGCAUGCCUAGUAGACAAAUACAUGUUACUAAAUGAAAUGGUUUGCAUGUAAUAUGUUUGAGACAUAUUACACAUUGAUCUUUGGGGAAUUAUUUUGUGAGGUGACACAAGGGCUAAAAUUUAGUAGGUGACACCAUAAACUUAUGUAUUACACACAGGAACAUCAGAACCGGCUACUGUUUUUUUUUGUUUGUUUGUUUUUAUGAUACUGGUCCAGAAGACAUUCAUACAAAUUCAAUAGAAUUUGUCUUAACAUCACGUCUAAUAUGAGCAAGGCUAAAUCUCCUUUUUUCUUGACUUUGAUAUCUUGGCAAAGUGCAAAGAUUUUCACUGUGUCCGUGACAACUGUGACCGCUGUCAUUUACAAUGUUGUUGAAAAUCACCUUGACUAUGACUUAGAGUCACUGUGUUUACUUAUGUAUAUAACUAACAUAGAAUCUGUCAUUAGUGGUGUUUCCAUUGCACCACCACGUUUAAGUCAAUGCACUGAAAACCAUGCUAUUGGUUAAUGAACGAUCUGCUUCUUACACAGUGUUUAUUGCCUCCAGUCUCCCUGGGAAUCAUUCCCCGGAAACACAGACUGCCUGCUUGCUGUAAUAUAAACACCGUUAUCCUGUCGUAGCGUGUGCUAGCUGUUCUUGUACCGCAAAUCAAGGAAAUCCGAAAAUUGGAAAGACAAUGGGAGAUCAGCGCUUUACAGAAACCGCCAUUAGGCGGAGUGUAACUAAUGACAGCUCUGCAGAGGAAAGAUUACCCUUUCAUUAUUCUGCACUUUUCUCAUAACUCACAACAGCUUUCGAGUAACAAGAAGCCUUGAUCUCCCAGCGAAAUUCCCACCUCCACUACUUGCGUAACAUUUUGUAUGUAUGUAAUGUAUGUAGGUAUGUAUGUAUGUACAGAGGUGAAAUGAAUUGGACUGUGUCCCUUUGGAGACCCCUGAACUGCAGACGCUUCGUCACUUUGUUUUUAAUUUGGUCGUGUGCAAUAGUGUAGCGUAAACAGUGUUGUAUGUAACAUGAAAUAAAAGCAGUUUGUUGGUAAUUGCACUUUUUUCCCCCCACUUAGAGGUACUCAUAAGAAAAUUCUUAAAGUAACGAAAAUGUUAUGAAUUAUGUAGAAAAACAUUAAAAGGUGGAUAUUUGAA